CGUAUGUUUACUUGUACAGCAGAUGGUUGUGGGAAAGUAUUUAAACGUUCUGAACAUCUUAAAAGACAUGUUCGAUCAAUUCAUACAUUAGAAAAACCAUUUGAAUGUCCUUAUCAAAAUUGUCAUAAACGAUUUUCAAGGUCUGAUAACUUGAAUCAACAUAUUCGAAUUCAUCGU